AUGUUGGAGUGGCAAAUAAUCAAACAACAAGGCUUGGUGGCCACCAGGGAAGCCCGUCUCCUCAUGCUUCUCUUGGCACUGAUGGGGGUCCAAGAGAUCCAGGCAAGCAGAGCCUGCGGUCAGCCCCCAGUCGUUUUCAACCGGAUUGUGAAGGGAAAGGAUGCUGUGCCAGGAGAGUUCCCCUGGCAGAUCAGCUUGCAGCUCAACCAAAGACAUGUGUGUGGAGGCUCUCUCAUCUUGGAGGACUGGGUGAUAACUGCAGCCCACUGUUUCUAUCAGUUCAGGGAUCUCUCCCAGUACCAAGUCCUUUUGGGAGUCACCCAGCUGUCCAAUCCUGGCCCACAGGCAUGUUGCUUGGGAGUGCAGCAGGUCAUCGUACAUCCCAGUUAUGCAGGCCAGACUAGCAGUGGUGACAUCGCCCUUGUGCAGCUCUCCAGGAAGGUCCAGUAUUCAGACUUGAUUCUCCCCAUCUGCCUGCCUGAUGCCUCUCUGCAUUUCCGUCCAGGCAAAGUGUGUUGGGUCACCGGCUGGGGCAACUUACGCCAUUCAGUCAACCUUCCCUCCCCACAAACCCUCCAGAAGGUGAAGGUACCCAUCAUUGACUCAAAGACCUGUAGUGAACUCUAUCGCAAAAAUAUGGGUGAUGGCCUGACCCCACGGAAUAUCCAGGAUGAUAUGAUUUGUGCUGGCUAUCCAGAGGGAAGGAGAGAUGCCUGUAAGGGUGAUUCUGGAGGUCCCAUGGUAUGUCUGAUAGGCAAUUCAUGGGUCUUGGCUGGCAUUGUCAGCUGGGGUGAAGGAUGUGCUAUCAAGAACCGCCCUGGAGUAUACAGUCGGCUUACUUACUAUGAGAACUGGAUCCACAGCUAUAUUCCUGAAAUUGAAUUUGUCAAAGACCCAAGUGGCCGUGAACUACGUGACUGGCAAGAAGACAGCAAAGGCCAAAAGCAUCCUGGGGUCCACUUGUCUAACCAUGCCUCCCCCCUCAAUGUCAGCCUUUUGAUGUUCUCAGUGUAUCUAUUGAUUCUCAUGUAA